AUGGUUCCCUCUAAUCCUGAGGAAUCUUCUGAACAAUCACAGACUGUUACUCCAGAUGUCCAUCUGAAGCCUAACAGUGCGGAGAGAUCAACAGAUCCAUCUAACCCCAAGGAGUCCUCUUUACCUGAAGGAGGUCACACAGGAGAGAGUUCAUUGUCGUGUUCAGUAUAUGGAAAAUCUUUACCCGAAAACAAAGACCUUCUUAAACCUCAAGGAAGUCACACAGGCAAGCACCCUUAUUCAUGCUCAGAGUGUGGAAAAAGUUUCAGCGCCAAAAGAGGGCUUCUUAGACACCAGAAAAUUCACACGGUUGAGCAUCCUUUCUCGUGUUUAAAGUGUGGGAAAGGUUUCAUGCGACAUGGACACCUUAUUACACACCAGAGAUGUCACACAGGUGAGCGUCCCUGUUUAUGCUCAAUGUGUGGGAAAUGUUCCACUCACAAAAGAGUUCCUAAAGUACACCAGAGAGUUCACACAGGUGAGCUUCCUUUUUCAUGUUCAGAAUGCGGGAAAUCUUUCAAUCAGGAAAACAAUUUUCUUCUUCACCAGAGAAGUCAUAUGGGUGAACGUCCCUAUUCAUGUUCGGAGUGCGGGAAAUGUUUCAUUUGCAUGGGAAGCCUUCGUAGACACCAGAGAAUUCACACAGGUGACCGACCUCAUUCAUGUAUAGAGUGUGGGAAAAGUUUUAUUUGGAAAGCAGAGCUUACUAGACAUCAAAGGACUCACACAGGAGAGCGUCCCUAUCCAUGUUCGGAGUGCAGCAAAUGUUUCGCUUCCAAAAACGACUUGCUUAGACACCAGAGAAUUCAUACAGGCGAGCGUCCUUUUUUAUGUUCAGAAUGCGGGAAACGUUUCACAACAAGAGAACAGCUUCGUAUGCACCAGAGAAUUCACACAGGCGAGCAUCCGUAUUCAUGUUCGGAGUGCGGAAAAUGUUUCAAUAUCAAAGGAAACCUUCUUAAACACCAGAAGAUCCAUACAGGCGAGCAUCCCUAUUCGUGUUCAGAGUGCGGGAAAAGUUUCAGCCAAAAAGGAAGCCUUCUUAUACAUCAGAGAGUUCACACAGGCGAGCGACCCUAUUUAUGUUCAGAGUGUGGGAAAAGUUUCAUCCGGAAAGGAGUGCUUCUUAAACACCAGCGCAUUCACACAGGUGAGCGUCCUUAUCCAUGUCCGGAGUGUGGGAAAUGUUUUAUUCAGAAAGGAAGCCUUCUUAGUCACCUGAGAACUCACACUGGGGAACGUCCCUAUUCCUGCUUAGUGUGUGGGAAAGGUUUUACUGAGAAAGGACAACUGCUUAGACACCAGAGAACUCAUACUGGUGAGCGUCCUUAUUCAUGUUCAGACUGCAGUAAAUGUUUCAUUCGGAAAGAACACCUUAUCACACACCAGAAAUGUCACAAAGGGGAGUCCUUAUCCAUGUGCUGAGUGCGUGAAAAGUUUUUCUCAGAAAGGAGACCUUCUCAAACACCAGAAAGGUCACUUAACAAAACAAGCAUUUUUGCAACACUAAAUAAUAGACACAGAAGAUUGUCACUUUU